AGUUCGCUGGAUUUAUAAUGUUAUUUACAUUGGUAAAUAAUCAUACAGUGGGGUGCUAAGACAAGAAGGCGGAUUAAAGUUGAUGCAGAUAAUUUAGAGUGAUGGAACUUUGCUACAUAGUAGUGAUAGUUGGGAUGCCCCUUGCUGUGGCUGGACUCGUUACCUUUAUGAAGAAACGCAAGAUAUCUGCCAUGAUGAAGGAAAGGAAACAAGGCUAUAUUGAAUUGGCCGAAUCCUGGAAAGAUUCAGAUGUUGUCGAGUUUAAUCCUACUGAUCUGAUUACUGAGGAGUUUUUUCUCGACAUGAUAGAUCGUCUGAGAAAGAGGGUUAUAAACAAUAACCUGGAGGACCCUGACAGCAGCCCUUACGGUGUUCCAGUUAGCUAUGUUAACAUGGUAGCUAAUCACCUGACUGAUUUCUACGAGAUUGCAGAUGUUAACAGUGUCCUUGAUCAGUUUAAACAUUUUAAAACUGUUAUAGGAGAUAUCAACUUGCACUUUAUACACAUGGUUGGAAGUGAGGAGAAGAAGUCCACUCCUAUCAUGUUACUUCAUGGCUGGCCAAGCACAGUUUGGGAGUUCCACAAAUCAAUCCCAAUGCUGGUUGAGCAAGGGUAUACAGUAAUAGCACCCAGUCUGCCUGGACACGGCUUUACAGAAGCUCCCACACUGCCCGGUGUUUCACCGUGUAUUGUCGCUCUUACAUACCACAAACUCAUGGUGAAACUAGGAUAUCACAAAUAUAUCAUACACGGUGGAGACUGGGGAGCAAUAAUCGGAGCUGUAAUGACCCACGUGUAUCCUGAUCACGUGAUCGGUCUGCACAACACAUUGAACCACAUUCACUUCGGCUGGAGACAGGUCAGUCAGCUGCUAGUUGGCUUGUUCGCUCCUAAGUUGGUUUACCAGACGCAUCAGGAAGAGGCCUUUAUCAACCCUAUAUCUGGACUAGAAGAGAGGAUGUACAAGAAGUUUGCCUUCUUCCACAUCCAGACAGUUAUACCAGACACAUUAGGAUACGCUCUAGUGGACUCACCUCUCGGACUCAUCUCCUGGAUAGGUUCUCCUCUGGUUACAAUGAGUGCUCCGAACAACGACCCUAAACAGUGGAGAAAAGGACUCAUCAACUAUGGUUUAGAUAAUGUCUGUGCAACUGUUCUUAUCUUCUGGGCCAUGAGGAACGCUCAGGCUUCCCUCAGGAUGUAUUACGACUUUUACUGGAAUGACCGAGAAUAUCUGGAGAACUUCACAAUUCCCACAGUUCCUGUUGCUAUCUCCAACUUUCCUAACGAGAUAAUACAUCUUACCAAGUUCACGUCCUGGAGAACUUUCAACAACAUCAAACAAUUUACUUACCACGACCACGGAGGACAUUUCUCUCAUCUUGACAAUACUGAUGGAGUUGUGGAGGAUCUCACCACUUUUAUUCAUAAGAUCCAGUGAAGAUAAAAACAUAGCUUCAUUUUUACAAAGAGGGCGAUAAUUCAGUUUAUGUUACUUUCACAAGAUACUGUUCUAAAAGUUCAUAUUAGAUAAAAUAUUAGAUGCAUUAAUUAAUAACCGUGGUUUGAAUAUGUUUAUAAAGUCCUGGUUUUCAGAGCUAUUUUUGUUCUGUUUGAAAAUAUUUGACGAAGUGGAUUGUCGGGAAAGCGUGACGAAGCAUUAUUUUAUAAUUUGAAACAUUCUUUGAAGUAUUAUGUUCCCUGGAAUUGUUAUCCUGCAAUAUGUAUCUCGUUGUCAUUUGUACAUCUUUUAAAUUUAUCUUUU